AUGAGUGGACCAGGGCACAACUCGCGAGUGGACAGCUCAAUUCAUUUCAUAAAAGAACACCACUUUAAAGACACAUUUGCAUUGCUAGUGGUGUUCUUGAGCUUUAACCAUUUUGCGUCAUUAUGUCUUUUGGCACUUUUCAUUGUCACAACCAGAUCCCGGAACUUUUUGGCGAGCUGUUUUAUUCGGCUGUUUCUCUCAAAACAGCAGUAUAAGAAACGCGUUGAUUGCCGCAUAUCACUAGCCAACAAGACCGCAAAUCAGAAUGGCGAUUCGUCUUCAUCGGCCGCAGAUAACGAGGUGGGCCAAGACGGUUUGCCGUCUGCAGAUGGAUCCGCUGGCAAUUUUAUUAGACGGAAAUGUGCAAUUUUUAAGUUAUCACCUUUGCUUAUAAUCGAACUGAUUGUGGCAGGGCUUUUGAGGGCACACGCCAAGCAGUAUUUCACUCGACCAAUCGAAAACUUGGCAAUGUCCAUAAUUGCAUCGUCGUUGAUCAACGACCCGAGAGAUUGUAUUAGCUACGCCACAUCAUGUUCCAUAUUAUACGGACUGUUAGUAAACCUGUGGCAUAGAGCAACUCUGUUCAUGGACCUUGAGAUCCCGCCCAUCUAUGGGAUCUCGUCUUCCCCUUUGCAUCAAUGGUAUCAUACUACCUUAACUUUACCUGUAUUCAGCAUUACGGUUCCUUAUUUGCGGAUGUUAGUGAGCUGUUUUGGCAGGUACUCUGGACUAUGCCGGUACCUUGCAUCCUUCCAUAUCGUACUCGCCCAAUUCUAUCAAAACAUGACGGAUCCUUACUACUUUCGAAAAAACGUUAAACGAUCCUCUGCUUCAGAAAUAUCUGCCUCGGUCUCAUUGAGCCCACAUAACUCCUUUAGUGGGACAGGACCUCCAUCCAAUAGCACUUUAUCUAACGGGUCUGGCAUAAGCACGUCACAUCCGAGUGGACCGCCACUUUUGUCCGUUACCAAUUCCGUCGCUCAAAAAGCAGCAUUUAGUGAUGUGGUAUCGGAGUACAAUAUUUCAGAGCUCCCAAUGAACUCACCAUCUGAAAGCAAUCAACAAACAAUUACUACGAAUGUUACGACCUCCCAACCAAGUUCCGGUCAAAAUAAGACAACAUACACAAAUCAGUUUUUCACAAUCAACAUGGAACUUGGUCGCAAAAAGUCGAAUGAAGACAAUCUCGAUGAUUAUUUCAUUACUUCAGCUAAUUUAGAGAAUUUUAUUCAGCAAUUGUUCAGAUGGAAAAAUCAUCAUUUGAUCCCACCUCUAUGGUCGAUAUUUACUACCAUCAAGACCAUGACUUUGGAGAAGAGAAACGUACGAAGCUUUCACGCCGAGUCCCCCGCAUCGCCCACUGAAGACACUGACGCAUCUCAGACAAUCAAACCGACCAUUUCUAAUCCUGUCAUCAAGGGAAGUGUAUUCACAGGCCCAGGGUCAAGCGAAUGCAUGACCUUGAUAGCUCCUGCUGCGGAUGACUACAAUCAGCUACAUCUUGUCCCCCACAAUCAAGCCGCUGCUUAUAAAGUUUGCAUUAGCGACACGGGUCCAACUCAGAUUACGUUCCGCAUUACCAAUUUAUUUGAAGGCGAGCUGAUUGUUUUGGUUAACGGCGUUAUUUGGUCUCAAGUUCUAUCAGCCAUCAUUUCUGCAAAAAUGGGCGAAGAGUACACUGUAGUUAGUGGAUUGGUUCCUUCAUGCUCUUACGACAUCCAAUUCGUCAACCGCUUCAACGAAGGUGAGGAUUAUCUAGUUGCCGAUUUGAUGGUCCGCACUAGUGCCAAGGAAGGAGAAAGCAAGCAGUUAUUGGAUUUCAGUUUCCCUUCUUACUAUCAUCGGAAGUUUCUAUCUCCGUUGCUCACUCUCAAACACUCUGUCUUGACGACCAAUACCAAUCUUGCUGAAGAGCGGGCCAAGUUGCGGAAAACCAAGAAAGAAAUCUCUAAGAAAUUGAGCUCGCUUAGACAGGAGAGCGAUCAUUUGAAAUCCAAGAUCGCCCAGAAUGCCGGUCAAGACGAAAAAAGCGCCUCUAAGAUGGACAAUUUGAAGAUUUUGUUACAACAAAGCGAAUCUCAGCUUUCCGUGAUGGAGGAAAAGUUGAAAAAAGUGUCUGCGCAGGAGGUUGAGAUCGAACAGGAGCAUCUCCAGCGCAAGGACCAACAUUUAAAGACUCAGAUGGAGUACGGGAAAUUACAAGCUAAUUUCGCGAAAGAGAAAGGCGAACUUUCUACGAAGCUGACCAAGCUCGAGCACGAGUUUUGCCAGUUGAGAAGCAAGCGCGAAAAAGUGAGCGUUAAACAGGAAAAAUUGAAGAAAGAGGUCACGCAAUAUGCCGAGGACAUCGACAAUUUUCGGUUCCAGUUUCAGUCGCAACGUCAAACCGAGCGUCUUCGUCGCGAAGAACUCCGCAACAUCGAGGCCAACGAGAGCGAGCUUUCCAUCAAGGGUCUAGAACAGGACAUUAGUAGACUCGAGGGCGAAAACGAGGCCAUGAACAGCAUGCUACGUAAUUAUUAA